AUGAGUAAUUCGUUGGCAUCAAAGGUCUCAGACCUCGCAGUUACAUCUAACCAUGCUUCUGCAACAAAAGCAAAAUCUGUGGAACUGAAUGGGGGGGCUGUUGGGGUCGCUCUAGUUCUGGGGGAUUCCCCACUUGCUGAAAAACCAAACCCUUGGAAAUCGCGCCCAAUCUCAGUAUCGAGCUCUAAUACGUUUUCCGGGGGUGCAUUGCGACAGCAGGAUUCAGCUGAACCCCAUUCAACCUCCACCGAGAAAUUGUUUGAAGCUGAUGCUUGGCCUGAGCCCUCAGCUCCAUUUGAACGCCGCUCAAUGAUAUCAAAUUCUGGGAGGCCUAAAUCUCUUGAUGAAAAACCAAAAAGUAAAAAGCCCACACGAAAAUGGCAAAAUGUCGAUAUUGAAUACCCCAGUUCUCGUGGAGGUAAUAGUGGUCGAGGAGGUGUUCGACUGCCCUCGAAUUCUGCCGGUGGAUUUCAUCAGUCAGCUUCAAGUCAGUCGAACGUAUCCCAAUCCAACUGUCAUCAAUCUGCAUCCACUCUUUCACGUGGCGGUGGAGGCCGCAGAGGUGGUUCAUCUGCAAAUGGUCCGUUUUCCCGAGGUCGUGGUGGUCGUCCUCUUAAUGGUUACUACCCUCGUCAGAUUUUGCGUGGCACAGACCAUGAUCCGGUCCAGGAAGUCGAAGUUCCUCAAGGGAACAAUCACACAGAAUCUCCGCCAAAACCGCUCCCUACUGCUACCGUCUACGCAAGUGGCGCACCGCGUGGAUCUUAUUCGUCUCGACAGAGGAGAGCCGGUGUUCGUGGGGGUGGUUAUUCUGGCAGUGGAUAUUUGAUGCAGAAGAGUAGUGGUGGCCCUCCCCCACCGCCUCUCCCUCCUUCUGCACCUACUGCUGAGGCUGCGUUACAUCAAUCAGCCGCAGCUGUUGCUCAGACAAUGUCGUCUCUCGGACCCGUUACACCUGUAACCUACUUGUUCCCCAAUAUGAUGAUGCCCGGCUCGCCACUCAUCACACCUUCAGCAAUUCCAAUCCCUACAAUCCCCUCGGGGCCUGUUCCUGCUUCCACCGAGGCUGCUGUUCUAGACGGAAGCGCGGCCGCUCUGCAAGCCGCUGUUCUCCUUCCGGAAGUAUCUUCCUCUCAAGUGUGCCUUGCCUCCCCUGAAGCUACCCCUCCUGCCGUUGCUACCACAUCUGCCGAAGUACUCUCCCUCGAACAGAUGGUUGAUUACAUAGAUGAAGUAGGAUGGUCCAAAGCCCGUAUACCGGAAUGUCUAAGAAGUAAUCCGACAGUGGCUGCGGCUAUGCAGGCUGCUGGUGUGGUCGCUGCUACUGGAGAUAUUGCGGGGGAAAUUUCAACUUCGGUUUCUUCCAACUCCGUUGCUGGAAAAAAGGAAGACGUAGUUGUUGUCGAUGAUAAAGUUUUCUUCGUUCCAAGAAGCUUUAGUCAAAUGAUCACAUCCAAACAUUUGAGCUUUCAUGUCAACCAAUACGUCAUCGAACUGUCGUUUACUCCUUCUAGGGACUACUACUUUAGCGACGCCAACUUGCACCGUGAUCAACACCUUAUGUCUAUCCUAUCUGAAAAUAAUCAGAGUUGCCCUCUCACCCUUCUCCUCGCCUUUAACCGCCUGCGCUGGGUAAACGUCACGGAGGAGGAAUUACUUGAAGCAAUUGUAAGUAGCCCCAGUGUUAGCGUCGUCUAUAGCGCAAAGGGACAAAAGCCAAUCGGUGUUGCUCCCCAGACUUCUUCUUUGGUUCGUCCUUCCGAUGCUGCAUUUGUGGCUAAAACCUCUGUUACAGAAGAUUCAGUGAAACCAAACGAAGCAACCGAGUUACAUCAAAUCACUGAAGCAGACCCUGCGCCUUCAAUCUUUUUGCCAGCAGUUACGAUGAGUAACCUUCCUAUUUUGGUGCCACCAGGAGCUCCUCUUCACUCUGCUGCUGGACCACAACCUAAUGGAAACCACUUUUUCCCUGCUCCACAACUCCUCCCUUAUCCCGGUAUUCCAAGUUUGCCCUCCUACUAUGUUACUGCCGUCCCACCCACCGGAAUGGUUGCUGCAGCAGCUGGUGAUCAAACUACUGGAUUAAACAAUAUCACUACGGACAAUAACGCCUUAUAUUACAGGGCUGUUUUAGCAGCUGCUGCGGGCUAUCCACAGACCGCCCCUCCCCAUUUGCUAUCAUAUGGAGUACAGCAACCGCCUUUUUACUUUCCCCUUAUUCAGCCAUCAUCUACGGGUGCGGUUGCAGGUCCAGCAUCUAGCAAUCACAGUCUGAUGCGAAAUGCGCCCUCCGGUGCUUUCUUCGUUUCAUCGGCUGCAUCUUCUAACCCGGUUCCGCCGCCACCCACUAUUCAUCAGAAAAGUCAUCCUAUUUCUGUGAGAGCCACUCUUCAUAGACCACCAAGUAACCGUCCAAUUAGCACAGAAAACAAGGCUGCUGACGACUUACCGGCGGAAUCUCUCCCCUAA